GCUUCGUUUCAUAGAACAAGUUGAUCGCAACAGAAGCAGCAGCAGCAGCAGCAGCAGUAGAUCGCAUCGCCCAGUUCCAGCUUUUUGUUUGCCUGCGAACAAGCGCAGGGGAAAACGCUCUGCACCCACAACGGCCAGAGACUUGCUAGUGGCUAGAGCGGUACGCGUCGUGCCGUACGCCAACCAGUCCGUGUGUUAAGGUGCUACCGUGCACAAGGUUGUCCCGUGUGCAUACAACACUCUCCUGUGCAGAUGGUGGAUCGAGAUAUAGAUACCAUCGCACCUACCAUUGCGCCGACACUCUGAAACGACGCUGCUCCGAUACGGCGUUUUGCGGUCGUGAAUCUAGUGUGUGUUAAUGUGUUAAGUUUUGUUUUUACAUAUAUAUAUAUAUAGCCAAAUUCGAGUUUAUCUUGGUGUGUUGCUCGGUGUAAACGCUCGCUUAGAAUAAGGACGGGCGAUGUGCGGACACAUCUAACUGUUGACUUCUCUUCGGCUUCUAAUACACUGUUAACCCUACCGUUUCCAUUAUCCAUUCCACACUGCUGACCAGUGUGUGUGUGUGUGUGCGUGUUGAUGGGAUUCAAGUUAAAGUUCUAAUUCAGAUUUUUAAUCAUAAACCAUUCAUGUACAAAUAAACGCAACAAUUCCGUGUCUCGUGUCUCUUCUCCACCACAGCAGCUACAACCACUCGUCAGUGGUAUCGUGUGCGUGUGUAAAAGGUGUCGCGUUCGCGUUCGGUGUAGAACUCUGGGAUGCACUCCGUGACAGUGAUCCUGUGGCUGUAACGACACCGUGUACCGUAUGGGCGUGCAGUGAAUGCGUGUCGUAAGCGAGAACGGGUGUGUGUGUUUGUGUGCGUGUGUUUCAUUCGAACGCUGAUUACUGAAUAAAGGUGAAACGCGUGUGGUGCGGUGUGCGUGCGUGUGCGAUAGGAGAUGUGAACCGGCGUGUCGCGCGCGUUCAGGUGCGUACGUGGUGUAUAGUGGUGUCGAUGUCGAUGUGAAGGCAAACAAAACAAGCGUUCGAUAGUAAGUGUUAUUGCGCUCGUGCAGUGUAUACGGCAAACGCAGCGAACUGUCGCUAUUCGUUCGAAUGUGUUGCAGCGUAUUGUACGCGCUUACGGCAGCUCAUUAGUAACGCGCGCGUGUGUGUGUUUGUGUGCGUGCGCGCGUUUUGUGAAAUUCUGUAUCGAGUGAAUUGAAGUAAGUGAGAACACGUGUAGCAUUGUGGGGUUGAAAAGGUGUAAGAAGAAGGAAAAAAUAUCCGCGCCGUACGGGUCCUCAGGUUAGGGUACACCUGCAGAGCUCGCCAAACCCCUCCCCGUUUCCUAUAUAGGUCCGUGGUUUCGUACGCGUGAAUCGACCAUGGGUGACUUUCUGUACUCCGGCUCGGUGCUGGCGAACGAGUCGUGCGUCGCCAACUCGCAGUCGCUGCUCGACACGCUCAGCAUUAACAAUCUGCUGAACAUCAAGCAUCUUGCGUCCGGGGCCGACAUUGGGGACAGUCUGGUCGGCACGAUCGUCGGCGAAUCGUCCUCGUCGUCCUCGUCCGUCUCGAUGGGGGAGCGCACCAAGAGCAAUGGCAAUGCGGGCGGUGGGGCAGCCGUGGGGAGCGCCGGCCCGAAACCGUCCGUCGACGUGGACGGACCGGCCGGGCUGCUGAUGGCGUCGAGUGCGGCUGCCUCGAGCGGUGGCGUUGCCGCCGGCGGCGGCCUUUCCUCCGUGUCGAGCAUCAUCACAACGGCCAUGUCGUCCGAUGGCUGUGGCUCGCUGUCGUCCCGGGAGCUUUCGCUCGCCCUCGGGUCGGCCGGUGGGUGUGGCGGGGUGGGCGAGGCGACCGUCACCUCGUCCCUGCUGAACGGGGGCAGCAUUACGUCGCCCUCGAUCGUGAAUCUGGGGCACGGUGGCCUGAACGCUGGAACAACUGUUGGCAGCACCAACAACAACAGCAGCACCCCGCACAGCAGUGGCAGCGCCAGUGGCAACAGCAUCAAUGGCAAUGGAGGUCACGCGAACCAGAACAGCGCUAACAAUAAUCUGCUGCUGGACGGUACCGGGGCGGCGGAUCCGCUCCAGCUGCAGUCGGUGGCCGAGGAGCUCAGCUUGAAGGCGUCCGAUCUGGGGUGUCUCGGUGUCACGUCCAACCUGAUGAACGGGUCGUCGCACAUCGGCUCCUGUCUGGCACCGAGCGGGCUCGGGUUCGGUAGCACACCGGACCACAGCAGCCCGUGGUCGACCGGGCCGGACGAGACGAGCCAGGGCCAGGGUGGUUCCGGCGGGGGCCACCUCUCGAUGAACGGGCUGGGCGCGUUCCAGAACUUCUCAAGCAAUCUGUACAGUGGUGCCGUGGUGGCGGCUGCUGCCGCUGCAGCCGCUGCAGCAGCUCAGCAGCAGCAACAGCAGCAACAGCAACAGCAGCAACAGCAGCAACAGCAACAGCAACAACAACAGCAACAACAGCAGCAACAACAUCAACAGCGUCGUGCAAUAACUGCCUCGCAUGGUGGCUUCCCGAACCACGGCCACCACGGCAUCUCGCCGAACGGUCUCUCCGUGCAUGGCAAUGCAAUGUUGCAGCAACAGCAGCAACAACAGCAACAGCAGCAGCAAAAUCAGUAUAAAAACUCGUACCCAUCCUGGUCCAACCCGGGACCAUGGUCGCAGCAACAAUCCACCCAGCAGCAGCAGCAGCAACAGCACCAUCAGCAGCAGGUGCAUCAACAUCAGCAGCAGCAGCAGCAGCAAAGCUCACUGUCCAGCUGGAAUCGGGGCCGUUCCAUGUCGAGCCUGAACCCGUCGGGGCUCGGCCCGAACGGGCUGCACUCGCGCAAACCACCCCACCAGUCCGGCGGCAACCAGUCGCUCUCACCGUACGGCAUCGGCAGCAACAGCAGCCAUCUGCAGCAAUCCCACCACCACCAACAGCAGCAGCAGCAGCAGCAUCCGCAUCAGCAGCAAAGCAUGCAGCAUGCACACCAUCAGCAGCAGCAGCAGCAUGCUCACCAUCAGCAUCAGUCGCACCAUCAGUCGAACGCAUUGCAACCGCUGCAAUCGAACCUGGCCAACUCGCCCUCGCGCUACCGGCGCACCAAUGCGUCCGUGCCGUUCCCGUCGAAAUCGACCCUAUCGGCACUGGGGGCGGGCGGCGGCGGCGGCGGCGGUUCGGUCGGUGGCUCGGGCGGUGGCAGCAUUGUGGGCGCUGGCGGUGGUGGUGGCAACGGCGGCGGCGGCAGUGGCUCCAUUGGCAUCGGGUCCGGCGGGUUUCCCGGUCCGCUCGACGUCGUGUCCGGCAUGGAUGAGAAUCGUGAUCCGUUCCUGUCCUCGUACCAGGACCGCACCGGGCUGGGCAACGGUUUGGACAUGCGCUCGCUCGAGCACUGUCUGAGCGACAUCAUGCGAAAUGUGGGCGAAGCAUCGCAGCCGGAUCAUCUGAAAGGAUUUUUAAACUGCAAUACCAACACACUGCAAUCGCUGGCCCAGCUACAUGGAAAGCUCGAUUUCCACGAAUUCAUCCCAGGCAAACCCUUUUUCGCCGGACUGGACGAACACCUGAACGAUGACGAUGGUAGCGGUGGCGGUGGCUUCAUCGGUACCAACCAGCUGCAGCUCAACUCGCCGGCCAGAUCUUCGCCCCACUCGAAUGGCUCGGAGACGACGGAACGGUUCUCCCGGAAAGUGUUUGUCGGCGGUCUGCCACCAGACAUCGAUGAAGAGGAAAUUACCACAUCGUUCAAUCAGUACGGAGAUCUCAUCGUCGAUUGGCCGCACAAAGCGGAAUCGAAAUCAUACUUUCCGCCGAAGGGAUACGCUUUUCUGCUGUUUCAGGAGGAGCGCGGCGUGCAGAAGCUGAUCGAAACGUGCGUCCCGGAUGACGACAAGCUCUACAUCACCGUCUCAUCGCCGACGAUCAAGAACAAAGCGGUGCAAAUCCGUCCCUGGCGGCUGGCGGAUGCCGACUUCGUGCUGGACGCCUCGAUGCCGCUCGAUCCGCGCAAAACCGUCUUUGUCGGGGGUGUUCCGAGACCGUUGAAAGCUUAUGAACUGGCCAUGAUAAUGGAUCGCUUGUAUGGUGGUGUAUGCUACGCUGGUAUCGACACCGAUCCGGAACUGAAGUACCCGAAGGGCGCCGGACGUGUUGCGUUCUCGAACCAGCAGAGCUACAUCGCCGCCAUCUCAGCCCGUUUCGUCCAGCUGCAGCAUGGCGACAUCGAUAAACGUGUCGAGGUGAAACCGUACGUUUUGGACGACCAAAUGUGCGACGAGUGUCACGGCCAGCGGUGCGGUGGAAAGUUUGCACCUUUCUUCUGCGCCAACGUCACCUGUCUACAGUAUUAUUGCGAGCAGUGCUGGGGUUUAAUUCACUCGCGCGAAGGCCGCGAGUACCACAAGCCCCUGCCCCGAUCAAUUUCAACUGCAACUGCUAGGACGCCGGCGGCGGCGCGGGCGGGUGGUGGAGCUGGCGGCAGUGCCGCCGGUACACUCGGCUGCGCCGCACCGACCGAUAGCCUCCCAUCGCUAUCCACCGGCACUAGCGCCACGACCCUUUCCGCCGGACUCUACUAUGGUGGCAGCGGCACUAAUGCCGGAUUUGCCGGCUCUGCCAGCUACGUACCACCGCCGCCUUCGUUUCCCUGGGCUGCCAGCACUGCUGGAACCGGCACCGGCAGCGGAGCGGCUGGCUUUGCCGGCGGACUGUCGUCCAGAACGGCGCGACACCAUCAUCACCACCACCAGCACCAACAGCAGCACCACCAGCAGCAGCAGCAGCUAAGCACCCGUCCACUGUCCCUGUCAGCGUCUGCGUCCACGCCCGCGUCGGCCCUGUCGCACGUGGCAACGCAUGGUGGAGGUGGCACCGGUGGCUCAUACCACCAUCACCUGCAGUCGCGCUUUGGAGCAGCGGCCAGCGGCAGUGGGGGUGGUGGUGGUGUUGGCAGUGGUGCGUCGGCGCUCGUGUCGCCCACGUCUUCGUCCUCGUUCAAUCGUUGCAGUUCCAUUGAUCAGUACCAUCAUCAUUCAGCGAUGGCAGCGGCCGCCGUCGUCGGCAGUGGCAGUAGCGGCAGCAGCAGCAGCAACAGUAUCGGCGGCCUUAGCACCGUUGCCGGCAUGGCUGGCGUCAAGAAAGAAGACCUUCUUAAGCAACGCCUUGCUAAGCUGCAGUCGAUUACUCCCACCACCGACGGAAGUCCGUAAGAGGUAUGGAUAAGUGUUAGGGGGUGUGCCUCUUCGGCUAUCGGAUUAGGAAAAUACCCUUUCCAACGAUUCCUACCUACUCUAGCAGUUGAAUUUGAGAAGCCUCGCGAGAGGAUGGGGGGCAUACGUUACUUAGUUGUAUGUGCAAUUUUCUACUCUAAACUCAAAACAAACCACCUUUUAUAAUCAAACCAGAACUCUCUGAUAUGUAAAAAAAACACAAACACAGAUACACAAGCGUUGUUUCUAGCGAUUCUAGGUUGGUUUUGCGUUAAUGCUGGUUUCUUUCAAAACCAGAGCAUGCGUUCGACGAAACACGGUAGCCCAAUUCAUUUUAAUAUUUAUACUUUUAGUAGAAUCCCAAUGCAGUGAACUUUGUCGGGGUUUAAAAACAAAACAAAACCAAAUAAUAAAAACGAGCGAGAGAGCGACACUUCUGUUAGAAGAUCAAAACAAAUCGACCGAUCGAUUCAAGGACCUUAGGUCGUUGUUAUGAUGCACCCUGUAAAUAUUGGCAAGGAAACACAUUGUACGGCGGAUACUUUGCUAGGGCUGGCUCAUGACGCAGGUUGCCCUUCUUCGCGCAGAUUCUCACGAAGGUGACCGAACCCGCUUCACGGGGUCAAAAUCUUUAAAGCAAACCUUCGACAAGCAACUCUCGUUGCAAGAUACACAUCUCCACACAACACCCCCCUACGUCAGGCAGAAGGGUACGAUUUUUGUGAUAAAAAAUAGGGCUACAUUAAUACUAAAGAAAAGUAAUAUUUUUAUAUAGUUAACCAUUUGCAAUACAACCGUAGUGAAAUAUUAGGUCUUAUAAAAAGAAAAGAAAAACAAACAGCGCGCGCGCCAUCGCAAUGUGCAUAGCAGCAGCAGUAACAGCAGCAAAUAAUGCCUUGAUUUAGGCCGCCAUGUGUUAUCGCUGUAAUAGGCUUACACGAACCUUUUUGUACCUUUUUGUAGUAGUUGGGGAGAGCAGAACAAAAACAAAAAUCAGAAAAACACGUUGAUGCGCAUCAAAAUUCCCCUGAGCGGCAAGAGAACGAUCGCGUCUAGCCUUGCACGAUCGGGACACAUUUUCAGACCCGGUGCGGUUAGCACGACUCGUCUAUCUAUUUGGCCCGAAGUAUCUCUCUAGCAUAGUUUUCACCACAAAUGACAAAGGACAACGGUAGCAGUUGCAAUAUUCGACCCUGCUGUUGCCGCCCCUGGUGCGCUUAUCCGCGCGGUGCGCGCAACAGAAGGUACAUGAUGUUCUCUUGUUGACAUUUUUUAAAGAACCAAUAAUUGGUAGACUAUUUAAACAAAAAUAACAACAAAAAACAAUGUAAAAAGCUUGUGAUCCUCCUGAAGCGACGACCAGGAUCGACACCGUACAACAAACACUGGGGGGGAAGGGGAGAGAACGAAUUGUCUAUAGUAUUGAUUAGAAGUUGUAGGUACUUACUUAACAAACGUUGUUCGGGCAAAAGCGAAGAAAAGGGGAGGGAGGUGUCUGGAUGAGUUUAAUUUCUGUGUUUUUUUAAAUUGCCAUGACUCUCUCCGCCCCCCCUCCCUCUUCACAGCCAGUUCUCAUAUCUGCAUUGCCUCAGCAAGCCGAGUGAUCAGGCCGAUGGCUUUUUAUAGAUGUGUUUUACGUUAUCCGGUUAGGUUUACGCCACGGUUUACGGUUGAAAUCUUGUAGAUGUACUUUUGCAACGACCGCAUGCCAUCAGCCGAGUGGCUAGCAGAAGGUGGGGGGAAACAAACCACCUGUAUAAUAAAGCGCGGUGGUGAAAUAUGCAAACUGCUUAAAAACACAUACAAAAACAAAACGGCUCGGCAUUCUAUUGCCGCAGCCGAAAGUCAAAAUCUUUGUACGUUAAACGCAUACCUUUUUCUAUUCAAUUAGUGUAAACGUGCUUUCAACCCCUAUCGAAAAUCAAGCUCACGUUUCAGUGUUUGUGUGUGUGUGUGUAUGUACCGCGCGUACGUGUGGAAGGCCGCGGAUGCAUAAAAACACAGCCGGCAAAAAAAGCAAACGAUCUGAUCUAGAUAAAAAUCGUAUAAACUAAUACAUAAGGAUUGAUAUACAUAAACAUAUAAAACAAAACGUAUAUAUGUAUAUCGUGCGCUUAUAUAGCAGCAGCAUACAUUUAGACUGGUGUAGAUAUAUAGCAAGCGAGAUAGAUUUGGAAUGGUGGCGUCAGUUGGCCAUCGAUUUUUUUUAAGUUUGUUUUAUAUUUCCGUUCUCAAAAUCAGAGCCACAACACUUGGACCCACAGGUAGCGUAGAUAGUGAAACAAAAGUAAUACUAAAUAAUUGAAAUCUUUUAGCAAUAUUGAACCGCGACCAGCGCUGCUGAUUGUGGAUAAGUAUAGACUGUAGACACUUUUUUACUGAAAUGUGUGAAACGCGUCACUGUGCGAACAUAGUUUAAUUGCUAGCAUUAUGUUUACGAUUUCUUCAAAGCGACUUGCAUGAUCAUAUCAAUCGUCCUUUGCGAGUAGGAAUUUUGUAAAAUGUCCUGUGUGUUUUUUUUUAGAGCGGCCUCUUAUUUCGAGAGACACGCAAAGGAAACAAUUCUAGUUAAACCCGUAGCGCCAUCAUCCUUUGUUCGACUAUGAAAAGCAAGCAAGCAAGCAACUUAUCGCGCUGUUUGCUGAUGUGAAUAAUAGUGGGCAACUAAUUAAAACAAUACAGACACACACACACAUACCAAACACAACCUUACCGGUUGAUUGUAACAUAGCAAACCACCUUAUUGCAAUUCAGACGAUCGCACCGUGUAAUAUACUACUUUUUUCCCAGCAAACGAUAUUUGCGCAGUAAAAAGUAGCUGGGGCUACCCGCGAACGAAACACUCCAACCCGAUGUUUUGCUCGCGCUCGGCUUAUUUCGAAUAUGAAUAAAAGUGUAAAAGACGUGUUUUUAUAAAACCUUUAAACCUUUAAACCAAAAGAAGUACGCUAAUCAAACCCCCCCCCCCCUGUUAUAUAUCAUGGCUAAAGUAAUGAACGAUUUGCGAGAAAGAGAGUUGUGAAAGAGUGAAUGCCACAGCUCCAUCGUUACACAGCUUUCUAGUUGUCAGCAAAUAGGAACACGGGGGUUGCCGCGUGUUUAGUGUGUUCGAUUGCUGCGCCUGGUAUUAUUCCUUAAUAAGUAAGAAGGAAGGCACGCUAAAUAAUGACGCUAAGCAUCUAGCCGAAGGUACGAACGUGUGCGCCCUAUUCUCCCAGAUUAGGGCGCGCGCACGGUAGGAAGGGAGAAAGCACGCAACCGGGCGUAUAUGAUGAUCAGCAGCCAAACUUAAAGUCACCGAAAGUGAUGAAUGUUUUUUUUUCCUGCUUGUUCUAAUCAUUUUGUACCGCACUGGUGAUACGCACCACCGUGGUUGUGUGCGCAAUAAAUACGCAACUGUGAAUGUAGGUAAACUCUUUGCAUAAAACAGACUUAACGGCAUCAUUCUGUUGAGGAAAUUGCGCGUGUGUGUGAGAGAAUGUAUUUGGUGUAUGUAAAACAGUUUUAUAUUUAAAGAUACGCAACAACAACAACAACAACAACAAAAACUCUAAAAGACAAAGGUAAUGCUCCUUGCGCUAGACUCUCAUAAAAAAUAAUAAUAGCAAAAUCAACAAAAGUACGUUUUUAAACGAAGUUUCUUAGCUACUAUCUUUAAAGAACACUAUUUAGCUAGCGAAUUAACUUAAAAAACCCCCACACAAAAAAACCCUUUCCGUAGGUCAGAAAAGCAAACGGGUGGCUUAGUUGCGGGAUACGUUAAAUAUCGAUUUCGUUCGCGCGCUGUCGCUUUAGUUUUAGCAUAAAUUGUUGAAUACGUUUUUAAGGUAGGCCAGUACAAAAAGUCCGUUUUCUAUGUAGACAAAUCAGUAGAGACACACUAAUACUACUACUAGUAGUAGCAAGCGCUUGCUCUCCGUAGCAUAUAUACAUAUAUUUUUUUACAAUCCCCUCGCCCAUUUUUGCAUCCAGAGUUACUGUUAGUUCCAGAUUGAGUUUGAGUUCAAUUUAAUUGUUGUAACAUGAUGUAAAUGGAAUGUGUGCGUUAAAUGAGUGCAAAUGAUGGUGGCAAGUGAGCGAAUAAUUUGAAGCGGCAAAUGCGAAUUAUGAAGAGAAAAUUAUGAAACAAAAAUGAAAUGGCUUAAUUUGCUUGCGUGUGUAGUCAGACACAGGGGGAAGCGAUAGGCAAAAAGAAGAGAUUUGAACACAUUUUAACGAAACACGAACGAAUGAGCAUAGUUAAUUGUGCUGUGUGUAGAACAGAAACAGAGCGAUGCUGAAACAAAACCCAAUGGAAGAAUGAGACUCCCGAUCUCAUGCAUGUGCUAGCUGCUUACUGCGCGUUAUCAGAAUAAUACGUUCUCGAGUGGGCCACAGCUACAGUCUUACCAAACCGUGCACAAAACCGCUCGAUACACGAGUUUUGGCAACAGCGGGCGCGCUUCGCCUCGAACAGAGAGCGUAACCUUCUUCCAUCGUGAACGAAACAAAAAAAAACCCGUGCAAAAAUUAACCGAUACAUAACUACAGCGCAAUGCUUAUGGAUAACCUUUUACCGUAGAACUAUAUUAAACCGUUAUCGUCCGACGUUCCCCUUUUUUUAAAAAAAGCAGUGUAAACAGCAAAACAAAAAGGGGGUGUUCAAAUACUGCUGCUACUGGGAGAAGGGAGAAACGACAAGCGAAUGACUACCACGGCGGCGAGAGCAGCUCUCCCAAUCACGUAGCGGAGCAGCAGUGUUAGUAUAUUUUUCUAUCCGAUAGUGCAUAAAACAGUAGAUACAUUUUUAAAACUGCUCCCCCACUUUAUCUCCCCCCAACUAAAGACAAAAGCUAGAACAUGCCAUCCCCACCCCCCCGAGAUAUCAAGUGCGUGCGUGCGUGCGUGUACCACCAAACGGAUGCGAGAGAAACACACACACGGACACGGACACACGCAUAGAGAGAGAAAGAGAGAAAACAGAAACGUUAUUAUAUUUUUGUGCACCAACCUUUCCAAUGCCGCGCCGCGGGGCCCAUGAGCUCGUACCAGGCCAGGCCCACGGGCCCAUUUGGUACGGUCGGGACCGCCGGUGGUCAAACGCGACACAUCAAGAAAAUACAACUUCAACGAGGUUUCUAGUAAAAUUCUUCUUAGUGAAAUUAGUGCAAACCUGGUGAACCAGGUCCUAGAGACACACGUGCGGGGUUCUGUUCGUGCGGUAGCUUUCUUACCAGAGCAAACAUUGUAAAAGGACGUUUCGUACCCCGUAAAACAACCUGCGAACGCAUCUUGUUGCUGCGCGGGUGUCAAAAUGCAUACAAAAGUGUUCGUUUGCACCGUGUUCAUUGCACUUGGAAAAGCUAUGGCUGACAAAGGCAUCAUCGGAAAGACAGUGUUAAAUUUAACGUUUUAGUGAAGAGAGGGAGAGAGAGGGCCAAGGAAACUGGAUGAUUUUCUCGCCUCGGUUUAGAGAGCUAGUGGGUCACACACACACACACACUCGUACACACAAUUCAAGUACGCUUAGUACAAAUUAGCUAAAUUUCUGAAGCAUUAUAUUUCGACGACACACACACACACACACACACCACUUUCUUCAUUGCCCCGACCGAACCCCAGCCAAGGUGAGCCGGAAUGUGCAAUGAAAACCAAAAACACAAAAGCAAAGCUGACCAAACCAAAAAAGUGUGUUGUUAAAGAGAUGGGACAAAAUGGGGGUUAACCGGGUUACGUGUGAAAAGGCAGUUGUUGUUUGUAAAGAUUUGGUUUUACGCUUUAAGAUUUAGUACCCAAAAUCGCAAAUUCGAGGUGACCGCAAAAAGGAUUAAACGCUAAAGCAAACUAGCUAAACCACACCGCACUAGCGGCUACAAGCCGCCCUGGGCCAAAUGCGUUUUGUACGAUAGUAUUCGCUGAUACAGUAUUGAUUUUUAAUGUAAGUGUUUGUUGCGCGAGGCUGUCCAAGGCAAACCAAAAAGCUUUAGUAAAAAAUAGUUUGUUUGGUUUUGUUUUUCUCCACCCUCUCCUUUUCCCGUUCUCCCACGCGCCCUCGCAUACGUUAAUUGUUGCUUAGUUUUUGUUCGCCUAGUAGCGGCCUAUAUAAGAAAGGAAACAAAGGGUGGCAAAAACGGAACCGAUCUAGUCAAAUGUUGGUUCCUCGUCCUUCUUCCAAAGUGCAUGUGCAACGCACUCUGGGGGGUGACAAAAACAAAACAAACCUCCCAAGGCAUCUCCCCGCUCAGACACACACACUCGUAUAGUGGAGACACACACACACACACACAUAUGUAUAUUAUAUAUUUUUGUACUACUACGCCAAAACAAACAAACGUUACAACUUCUCGCGUACCUUUUGCUCGCCGAUUACUGUAUUGCUCACUGGGGGAUGGGAAUGAUAAGGUAACCAGGUUUUGAUUGGGCCCGAAUCGAUUGGCGGCGGCUUCGUUAGUUGAAUACGGCAUGUGUUGUUGUAAAACAAAAAACAAAAAACAUUACCAAAAAUGCGCUAUUUAGCCAUUUAGCCCCCACCCUUGUUUAGUCCGGCUUUAUGCAGCAAACCCCCCCCCCUUGUUACAAAAUAGUACUAAACUAAAUAGUCCACUGGACAACGAAUUCACACUAGUCAGGCCAUUUUAUUGUUUAAUUUAAAUCCUGCUUUUGAAUGCGAUCUGCAACGCCAAGCGAAAGGAAAGCCGUACUCAUUUUAUCGUUAGCGAGGUUGUUGUUCGCUAGUUUUUUGAUUUUCCAAUUGAAAACUUCCAUCUUGAGUUCCACUCCUAAUUUGAAAUUGUGCUUUUUCUCACCUCCAUACAAUAACCAGACUCCACAUGUUACUGAAGCAUGUACAGAUAUCCCCAGCGAUGAUAUAAAACCCAAAAAUACAAUACAACAACACAGUAAGAGACAGAAAGAAAGAGAGAGAGACAGAGAGACAGAGAGAGAGAGAGAGAGAGAGAGAGAGAGAGAAACAGAGGGGACGCUUUUAAUCCAAACCCAGGCGAAGGAUAGUAGAAAUAACCGAUGGACGUUCUUCGGUGCAAAGUGGUGUGACACACUGAGGGGAAAAGGUGAUGAUUGUUUUAGUGUUGCUAUCGUUUCUCUAUUUUUUGUACUAAUCAAUACCCGAAUCAACGUUAUCUAGUUAAAUGAAGAGCAAACAUAAAACACGGAAUGAAAAAUCUUUAUCGAGCAAGGUUGAUGUUGUAAUAGGCAGGCAAAGAGAUCAUUUCCACAUCUACCACAUCCAGCCAGCCAGAGAUAUCGGCUUGCUCUGUUCUGGGAGGUUAGAGCCGAAGCUGUCCUUUGUCAGGUUUUGUUCGCUCAAUCUAUGAAGUGUAGCGAUAGAGAAGCGAAAAGAAUAGCACGGAUCGGAACUCCCCAGGCUAAGGCCCACAACGCAGUACGAUCGUACUCUAAGACAAAAACAGUAAAAGCGAUACCAAACGCAUCUCCCUCUCCCCUCCCUACAUACUCAUAUCUUGCAUUGGCAGCUAUCAUAAAACCCCCUACCACAGGAUAUAAGAAAAACGAAGAUAAAAUAGAACCAUAUACACCCGGAUUGUGUGUAAUUUAAGCAAUGGAAAAGCAGAACAGAAAGCGAAGGAGAAAGUGAAGCUAUACCAGCUUAUAACAUAACGAUAAAAUAAUACCAUUCAAAGUUACACUGUUCAAACCCCUCUCCUCCCCCCCUACACACAACCACACACAACACAACACUACCAACUCUACCAACCAUUCAGCCGUUUAAUAGAAAACAAUGUUGCAGCAAAACAUAACAUAACCUACAUACUAACCACGCGAGAGGUGAACAUAGGAUGGAAAUUUAUAAAAAAAAAAACACGUGUGCAUCGAUUCCCUAAAACCCCCCAGACCCUCCCCCAGCUAGCCUAUUAUCUAUGGACAAAAUCCUUGAUGUUGUUGUAUGGCUCGUUAAUCUCGUUUUCUUACUGCGCACCUCACUCCUUCCCAAAAAAAAAACAAACCAAUAACCAAAAAAAAAAACCUUUCUCAUUCGCGCCAUCUCUCUGUGUGUGUUAAACGUGUAACAAGUUAUACAGCAGCAACAACAACAAAAAAUCGAUAAAAUAUUGGUAAAAAAAAGUGGAUAAAAUUUUACUAAGAUAAACACGUGCACGUAAACAGCAAAAAAAAAAAUACAAUUCGGGAAAACAACCAGUGUGGAAAUGGAUCAGCAAAACGGUUUGUUCAAUCUCUACGAUACACUACUGUCCAAUGUGUCCAAUGCAAUAAUACUACAACCCACUGCAAAAUAUAGUCAAAUGCAUUGAUAAACAAAACCAGAAACAAGAAACACAACUCCCUGCCCGCCCCCCUUACACACACGCCCCUUACAUAGUCCAUGGUGAGCGUAAGCAUAAAGAGACGGCAUUCGAGGUGCGAACACCACAUACGCGUGAAAGGUAUAGCGAAAUAAACAAAAAACCAAAAAUCCGAUUUCUAAUUAACACAAGUUGCAUAAACAACUAAUACUACUGGUUCAUAAAUGCAUUGAAAGUGCAGCGUUUUGCGGGUGGGGCAGAAACAAGUGACAUGCGCGGAAUGCAAUUAAAUUCCCCACACCGCGUUUAAUGCAUGUGUUUGGCGUUGAGAGAUCGGAAUGAAUAUAAUAAGACGUAUAAAUCUUUUGAGUAGAUUUUGGAUUCUAAUUUUAGAGCAAUUUUUCCACGAAAUAAUAUAUAUAUAUAUAGAGAGAGAGAACUAAUGAAGAAAAAGAAGAGGAAGAAAACAAGCAGCUAUAAACAGCAUAUAAGAAGAAUCGUCGUGAAACAAAAAGAAAAACAAACAAACAGAAAGCAACCAUUUUGCUGCAUCACAUCAUCAAUAUCAUCAUCGUCGUCGUCAUCGUCGUGCACACAUAGACUCUUUCACCAUUUCGAUAACAAAACAAUUGGGCCCGUAAAUAUUUCAAAGACAUGGGAAGAGAGAGAGAAAACAAAUACAAAAAAGAUUGAAAUUAGGACAAAGAAAAACAAAAAAAAACAAACAAACAAAUAAAGUAUAAUUCUAGAUAAAGCAAAACAGAAAGAAAAGCAGUACGAUUGAAUGCUAUCCAAACAGUUGAACAAUGAGAAAUUGAGCAACAAAAGAAAAAGAACAGAAAGGUGCAAAAUAAUAACACGAACAUAAACAAAAAAGUAAUGAAAAAUAAGUUAAUAUUAAUGAAAGUGGAGAGCAAACUAAAGAAAAGUAAAUUCGAACACACACACACAAAAAUAACAACUUCUUAAACGGCGAAAUUACACAAUAUAUGGCUCAUGUGGUGGUGGCACACAGGAAUAGCUCUGUCUGAUUUGGGAUACGCAGUCGUCGGUUGAUAACGAAGCGAAACAGACACCCUCGCCCGUAUUAAGUACUAGUACACUUUCCGUUCGCUGCCUUCCUCUAGAUCGCCCAGACACACUGUGUGAGCAAAUAGGGGAACAGGUGGGAGGGAGGGGAUGGCAGGUUGAAAAAAACAAACUAUAUGAGAUGCGCGUUAACCAGCAUUAUUGUGUAAAACUUUAGAUCAAGAUGAAAUGAUGUUUUUUAUACUUGUAGCUGACGUUUUUUAACAAAAACUAAAUCAUUCAAAAAAUACAAAAACCUUAAACCUGGUGGAUCAAAGUGAGAUUUAAAAGAUAAAUCAAGAAUACGAAGCAAAAGCGGAAGAAAAAUGAUGAAAAACAAAACCAACAUACAGCAAACGAAACACAACACGCGAAACAGAAGCGAAGAACGGACACGCAAACGAAACUAAAAACGACGAAACAACAAAACACAUACACACACAGCGGGGAAACGAGCAAUGGAACAAUACCGGAAAACGCACCCCUUCGCCAACCUGCUGAAAUCCCUGUGAAAGUGCACCAUAAAUAAUGAUAUUGAUAAGAAGAAGAAAAACAAGAAGAAGAAGAAGAAGAAGAAGGAAACAAAUCGGUGAGAGAUAAUACGGCGAUAAGCAACCAAAUCGGAACACAAAGUAUAUAAACUUUAAAAAGACUAAGGCAAACGAAACAAAACAAAACAAAAUUAAAAGCUAAAAGAGCGAAGUAAAAGAGCGGACAAAACAAAAACCAACCCAACAAAAAGAAUGCUCCAGUCACACAACAGUCGUUUUACGCUGCGAGUGGAAACAAAAUUUGUAUCGCUUACUUUGGAGACGUUUUUUUUUUCUAAAAUCGGCCAUUUACCACGUGCGCGUUGCAUCAACUGUUUGCGAAAGGUGUAAUCAACCAAUUUAAGUGUACGCAAUGCAAUUAGAGACGAUAAAAAGAACCGGGGGAAAGCAAGAAAUAGCGAAGCAAAACAUAACACACUUCAUCUUAUAGGAAAUGCAAUUUUUCUUAUUGGAUUUAACAUUUCUGUUGCCUUUUCUGUUCUCGUUUGUUUGAAGACGAAGCCUACUGUUCUUCUUCGGGUUUAAUAGCACUAAUAAUAGAGGAAAAGACAUAUUGAGCUUUUUUGUUUAGUUUUGUAUGUGAAGUGAAAGUGUUCCCUCACUAUCGUUAUCUUUUUAGCAAUACUGAAGUUUUUUUUUACAUAAAAUUGUUUAUUUUUACCUAAAUUGUUAUCGUGAUUUUUAAAACUUGUUGUUGUUAUUGUUGUUGUAUUAUCCUUUUAUUAUUAUUUUCUGUUCUCCGUUCGGAUGAAGAAGCGUUUAAGUAUUACAACUUACAACGAGCGGUUAAUAAGUGUGUAUGUAUUUAUUUUGGUUUUGUUACAACCAUUGUGCAUAAUGUUCAACGAGCGCAAUGCGCGUGCAACGGGUUCGUGUUGCAGUUCACUACUGCCGCUCGUGUGCGCCAAACUUGAAGGAUGGAAGGUUAGAUAAUGCCCGUUUUUUUACGUCCAGUUUACGUCCAACGCAUGGUAUCUCGGUCUGGCCCUUUAAGGGUGGCACGGAUAGUGAGAAAUGAGGCAAAGGUAUAGUUUUGUUUGGUUGGAAUAGUUGCAGGAACAACAGCAAAACAAAACUCCCCCAGACAGAAACACGGACAUACAAUAAUACACAAGAAACAAACACACACCCACACAUUGGGACUAUAAAAAAAAGAAACAAAACAAAUCGCAAAGCAAAAUUAUUAGCCAAUAAAUAGUAACUAAUUAAAACAGAUUAAUGAAUAAUAAUCAUAAUGAUGAAAAGCAAAGUAAUAAUAACACACACGAGAAUGGAGCAACGGUUAGGAACAAUCGGGCGCCGCAAACCGUUAAAAACUUACACACAAAACAACACACUCUUAAGCAAACAGAACAAACAAACACACACACACACACACACACAUAGACACAUUAUACAUGUGUAAGAAGGAAAAGCUAAGAAGACGAAAACAAAAAACAAAAAUAUUUAGAGGUUUAUUACUGUUCUAGCUGUUUUUUAUUACAUCCGUCUAUAUAGACCAAAAUGUAGACGCCCAUAGUUUGAUGACCCUUUUUUUACAGUUUAGAGUGUAGGUUCUAGUGAAAAUAAAUUAUAAAAUAUAAAAAAUGGAAUAAUAAGAAUGAAAAAAAACAAACAAAAUACACAUAAAUAAUUGUAACAAAAAAAACUUUUGCGAUGAUGAAACGAAUAACACUUAGAGAAAGAGAAAAAGAGAGAGAGAGAAACAAAUGAAAAUGAAACGAUUGCAAAGAAAUAAAAACAAACAAACAAACAACAACUAAGCAAAUAACAUCGGGGGCAUAACAACUACAGCAUAAAAGCUGCUGAAAAAUAAGAAACUACUAUAGCAUGCAAGUGAGAAAAAUGCAGCAAAAAAAUAAAAAAGAAC